AUGAGUGCGGUACGGCGAUGAUAUGCCGAAACAAAUUGGGCAAUGCAGGAUGCCUUGAUACUUGAAGUUGAAGAUUUUCAUGCGCUAGUGCAGCUUCAGAUUGCUUAUACGCGAAUAGAGCUUCGGGACUUUUUUCCUUAUGGACCCAGCAAUGGAGAUACUUCAGUACCCACCAAUGAUGACGGCAGUUCGGGUCUUGUCAAUAUUGCAUUUCCCUUUCCUUUCUUCGACGAAGAACAUGACUCCCUGUUCGUAAACACAAAUGGAGUGAUCUCUUUUCUUGUCCAAGUGUCACAGUAUACUCCUGACGCAUUCCCUCUUGGAGAUAAUCGACGUUUGAUCGCACCAUUCUGGGCUGAUGUUGACACAACAGAUGGCGGCAUUGUUUAUUACAGAGAAACUCAAGAACUUGCAAUGCGAACAAGUGUCUCUAACGAAAUUAAAAAGUACUUCGUUCGCCAAAGAAGCUUCUUAGCAAAGUGGAUCAUGAUUGUUACUUGGCUCAAUGUAGCUCAGUAUGGUGGAGGUUCCACUUUGCGGAAUACAUUCCAGACGAUAUUAGCAACGGAUGGUGUCAACUCAUUUGCAAUAUUUUACUACAACAAAAUUGAAUGGACGUUUGGUCUUCAUAGCAAUACUAAAGGAAUCUCUGCGCAGGCUGGAUUUAAUGCUGGGGACGGUGUUCGAUAUUUUAAUAUUCCAAACUCUCGUACUUCUGAGAUAAUCAAUAUUUUAUCGACAUCAAACUAUAAAAGACCUGGGAUGUGGAUUUUUCAGGUUGAUGGAGAGACGGUUAAGAAUACUGGCUGUGCAUCAGGACGCGAUCUGGUACUUUCUCCAAGGUCAGGAAUUGAAUUAGGAGGAACUGUGGUGUACAUAGGGGGGCCGUGUUACAAUUCAACUAAUGACAUCGUGUGUCGCUUUAACAAAAAUUUGGAGUCAGCUGCAGAGCUUAUCAGUCCCGAACAAGCAUAUUGCGUUACACCUCCGUUAAAUGUUACUGGACUUAUGCCACUUGAAUUAUCUUUGGAUGGUGGUACCACAUACAAUUACACUGGCACUUUCAGAUCAAUUCCGAUCGGACGAAAUCCUCCAGAUAUCGAAGGGCUUGAAAUGAAGCGUUGGGUAAACUCAACAAAAACAGUUUUGACUUGGGAUAAAAAUGCCAUCAACGCGACCCACAUUGAUAUUGAAAUAUCGCAAUUUGAUACUUUUGAUUUCCGUCUUCACCAUGGGAGCUUGAAAACAUUUAAAAAGGUUCCAAACUCUGGAAAUUACGCCUUUGAUUUUGGCAAGGAUAGCAUUUCCUUGAAUGCAGAAGGGAGACGAAACGAAAUUCAAAUGCAGGAUCCGAGAUUGCAAUCUGCAUCAGGUUCAGGUCAACAAUGUUGUUAUAAAGGUGAUUCACUCUUGGUUGGACCUCCUGGCGGCGGUACAUUUGACAUUGUUUCCCCAGAAAGAAGUGUACUGGGCCAUUUAGGACGAGAUGUGCUACCUUGGUUCGCAUGCUGUGUAUUUUCUGUUUUCGACAACUGUGGUAAAUACUAUGAUGCAAGACCCUCUGAUGAUGGUUCAAGAUUCAUACCUCAACCAACUGCUGGCACAAGAGGUGAUCCUCAUUUAUCCACAUUUGACGGAACGUUCUACACAUUCAACGGUUAUGGUGAAUACGUCCUUCUCAAAGUCAGCAAUGGUUCGGAACUCGAGUUUCAAGGAAGAAUGGUACCCAUACUUGAUAACAAAGGAAGAACAACAAGAGCAACAGCCCUCACAGCAUUUGUCAUCAAGGGAGUAACGAGUGAUACUGUGCAGUUCGAGUUCAACAACCGGCGCAGCAUAGACGUGUUAGUCAAUGGUGAACGGGUCGAAUUUGACGAACAAACAAGAUUAGACUUCACUGGAGUCUUUAUUGUUAAACAAAAUGAGUCAAUAUUUAGAACAUACUCCACAGCAGGAGUGGCUAUUGUGGUGACAUCUGUAGAAGAUUUUCUUACAUAUCAAAUUUCAGUACCAUUAAGAUUCAAAGAAUGUGGUUAUGUGUGGGCAUAUACAAGUUGUCGGCGCAACCUGAGUCUCCGGGUUCAAAAUGCACAGUCUCUUUUAGCGUUAAAAGCAGAUGAUAUUGCUACAUUGUGUAUAGAGUUUACUUACGAGAAUCAAAUUGGUAAAAUGGCUUACUUUGCCUCUAUUCCAUAA